CGAGAUAUUUUGAGACAGAAUUGAAACAAAAGUCCAUUCGAUGUUAAGUCAAUUCUGUUCAUGGAUGAAUAUUUCAAGGCAGCACAGCAUGGCGAUCUUGAAUAUUUUAAAACAUUAACGGUAAAUACAAAUAAUGAAGGAAAACCUACAUGGACAUUGAACACACAAUACGACAAGUCGGGUGACACUGUCCUCCACAUCGCAGCUAGAUGUGGCCACUUGCCUCUUCUGCAGUAUCUCAUAGACUCUGGCGCCGAUAUAGAAACCUCGAAUCUCGACGGUAAAAGGCCCCUACAUGAAGCAGCCCAGGCUGGUCAGACAGGCUGUGUGGAGAGUUUACUGAAGGCAGGGGCGCAGGUGGACAGUUUAAAGAGGGCUGACUGGACUCCCUUGAUGCUUGCCUGUACCAAAGACAAUGAAGAUGUAAUAAGGCUUCUUCUGAAGUUUGGGGCCAGUGUCCACUUAAGAAACAAAGAUGGAUGGACACCCUUUCAUAUAGCUUGCAGGGAAGGCCACAUAAACAUUGUUCAGCUUCUUUUUACGCAUGACAACUCAGUUUGGAACACUGCCAGUAAGAAUAAAAGGACCCCUCUACAUACUGCAGCUUUACAUGGCUGUGUUCCAGUUGUCUCCUUUCUCUUGGACAAAGGGAGCUAUCCCCCAGACAGCAAGGACAGUGCUGGGACUACUCCUCUGAUGGACGCCAUUAGAUCAGGUCAUACUCAUGUAGCAGAAACCCUGAUCAGCAGACAAAAGGCCAGUGUUUAUGAGGAGGAUAACUUUGGAUUACAGCCUCUUCACCUAGCAGCUCAGUCUGGAUGUCUAACUUCAGUCAAAUUUCUGGUGGAAAGCUUAAAGGUCAAGGUCGACUCAAGGUCAUCAAAAGGAUUUACAGCUCUCUUUGUAGCUGCAAAGGAAGGUCAGUUAUCUGUGAUAUCCUUUCUAGUGGCAUCUGGAUCUGAUGUAAAUCUCACUGACAAUAAGGGAAGAACAGCUUUACACAUUGCUGCGGGAGCUCAGCAUUCAAAGACCUGUCAGUUUCUCCUACAGCACAGAGCUGUUAUCAAGGCAGACAACUCUGGCACCACCCCUGACAUGCUAUCCAGGAAACCUGAAGUCUGUAGACUAUUUCGAAACUAUCAAACUCCAGAAAAAUGAUAGUAAUUUUUAAAAGAGAGUGCAUAUGCAGAUAUAAAAUAACAAUGACAGAGUGAAUCAUUUAUUUUGAGUGAAUUUCUUGGAUAUGAAAAGAUUUUAAAAACAUGAUGUACAAAAAUG